AUGGGGCUGCCCAAGGUCCUCCUCGCCCUCUCCUGCCUCUGCCUCAGCGUGGGUUCUGGGCAGUACGUCCCGGACCUCGUCACUUCCUUGCCUGGCCUCUCGACUCAGCUCAACUUCCUCCAGUGGUCAGGCUACCUCCAGGCUGGUGAGGGCAAAUACUUCCACUACUGGUUUGUGGAAUCCCAGGGGAACCCCGCCUCGGAUCCCUUGGUUCUCUGGCUGAAUGGCGGUCCUGGCUGUAGCUCCAUGGAGGGAAUUCUGGCAGAGAAUGGGCCUUACCGGAUGAAUGCAGAUGGCACCCUCUACAUGAACCCACACAGCUGGAACAAGGUGGCCAAUGUCUUAUACCUGGAGUCCCCCGCAGGUGUGGGCUAUUCCUACUCCGUCAGUCAGAACUACCGCACCAACGACCAGCAGGUGGCUGCUGACAACUACCAGGCAGUGCUAAGCUUCUUUGAAAAGUUCCCCACUUUCGCCAACCACGACUUCUAUGUCUUUGGAGAAAGCUAUGGAGGGGUGUAUGUCCCCUCCUUGAGUGCACAGAUUGCCAAGGGUCCGUUUUCCGCUAACUUCAAGGGCUUUGGAGUGGGAAACGGAAUGAGUAACUACCAGCUGAAUGAUGAUACUCUGCUAGAAUUUGGUUACUACCAUGGCCUCUUUGGUGAUGACCUCUGGGCCUCUCUCACAACCUACUGCUGCUCUGAGGGUGCCUGCAACUUCUUCAACAACACAGAGGACAAUUGCUUCAAUGCGGUCUUAGAAGCUUAUGGCAUGAUUGAGGGCAUCGGCCUCAACAUCUACAACCUCUACUCAUCCUGCUGGGGGGCACAUGGCUACCAGGGGCGUUACGCUGCUGACAUGAGCAACCUCUUCCGAUCUUACCAAUUCAACGUGGCCACCCCUCCUUCAAAUGGCCCCGUUCCUGGCGUGCCUGCGUGCAUCAACGCCACUGCCAUGUACGUGUGGCUGAACAGGGACGACGUGAGGCAGGCGCUCCACAUCCCUGACUUCCUCCCUGUCUGGGAACUGUGCAGCCCCCAGGUUAGCUCUGAGUACCAGAGGCAGUACAUGGACAUGGCCCCUUUCUACCGGGAGCUGCUGCAGCUUGACAUCCGCGCCCUCGUCUACAAUGGGGACACAGACAUGGCUUGCAACUUCCUGGGCGGGGAGAAGUUUGUGCAGUCGCUGAAGCAGCCGAUGGUGAGCCCCUACCAGCCCUGGUACUGGAACAAUCAGGUGGCCGGCUUCUUUAAAGAAUACGAGAAGAUCUCCUUUCUCACAGUCAAGGGUUCAGGGCACAUGGUGCCCCAGUACCGACCUGCUCAGGCUCUGAAGAUGUUUGAGAGUUUCUUGAAGAACACCUCCUUCUAG